UAUAUGUUGCUGCAAUCAAGGUUGUAAUCCCCUUUCCUCCAACGAUAGUCUAGAGAGAGAAACCCCUUUGUCUUUGUAUGCAUAUUUGUAUGUGUAUGUAAUAUGUAUGUAUCUAUUAUUGUGAGAUACAUAUAGAGAGGGAAUACAUGUAGACACACCUUCACUCCCUUUUAGAGAGAGAGAGAGAGAGAGAUCGAACCCUACUUUCACCUUGAGUUCAUCGCUCUCUGCUUCAGUUGAUUUUAAAAAUCCAAACUUUUUCCCUUAAUUGAGGUGAUCUAAAGGAUCUAGAUCUGUUUCUGUAAUAGCUUUUGAAAAGUGGCGCUGUGACUGGAGAAGAGGUUAUUAAAAUGUCCUCUCUGAGUCGAGAACUUGUUUUCUUGAUUUUACAAUUCCUGGAUGAAGAGAAGUUUAAGGAGACUGUUCACAAGCUCGAGCAAGAAUCGGGGUUUUUCUUUAACAUGAAGCAUUUUGAGGAUGAGGUGCACAAUGGGAACUGGGAGGAGGUUGAAAGAUACCUCUCUGGCUUCACAAAAGUGGACGACAAUCGCUAUUCGAUGAAGUUGUUUUUUGAGAUUAGAAAGCAGAAGUACCUUGAAGCAUUGGAUAAGCAUGAUCUGUCCAAAGCUGUCGACGUUCUUGUAAAGGAUCUUAAAGUGUUUUCAUCUUUUAAUGAAGAGCUUUUUAAGGAGAUAACUCAGCUGUUGACGUUGGAGAACUUCAGGGACAACGAACAGCUCUCCAAGUAUGGAGAUACAAGAUCUGCACGAGCUGUUAUGCUAGUUGAACUGAAGAAGCUUAUUGAGGCAAAUCCAUUGUUUCGUGACAAGCUGCAGUUCCCUAACCUCAAGAACUCAAGGCUCAGAACGCUCAUUAAUCAGAGUUUGAACUGGCAGCACCAACUUUGUAAAAGUCCCAAGCCGAACCCAGAUAUUAAAACACUCUUCGUGGAUCAUUCAUGCGGACAGCCAAAUGGUGCAAGCACUCCUUCUCAAGCAAGCAAUCCCCUGCUCGGAGGAGCAGUACCAAAGCCUGGAGGCUUCCCUCCGCUGGCUGCUCAUGUGCCGUUCCAACCUAUGCCUGUACCAGUUCCAACACCUCUCGCUAGUUGGAUGUCUAAUCCACCUGCUGGAACUCAUCCAGCAGUUUCUGGUGGGCCUCUUCUUGGUUCUCCUCCAAUUCCAGCUGGGUUUAAGUAUCCCAGGACUCCACCAACGAACUCAUCUAUCGAUUUCCUAUCUGGUGAUUCUGAUCAUGUGAACAGAAGAACCAGGCCUUUGGGGAUUUCCGAUGAGGCAAGUCAGGCAAGUCUUCCUGUGAAUAUACAGCCUCUGUCGUUUCCCGGGAUUGCUCAUAGCCAUACUUUCAGUGCUCUGGACGACUUUCCAAAAUCUGUGGCCUGGACUUUCAACCAAGGAUCGUCUCCUAUGAGCAUGGAUUUUCAUCCUGUCCAACAAACACUACUUCUAGUUGGCACAAAUGUGGGAGAUAUUGGGUUGUGGGAGGUUGGUUCGAGGGAGAGGCUCAUGCAGAGAAACUUCAAAGUCUGGGAUCUAAGCAAAUGUUCCAUGUCUUUUCAGGCUGGCGUGGCGAAAGACCCUGGUGUCUCGAUAAAUCGUGUUAUUUGGAGCCCUGAUGGAUCUUUGUUUGGUGUUGCAUAUUCAAGACACAUUGUACAAAUUUAUUCAUUUCAUGGGAAAAAUGAUGUUCGCCAGCAUUUGGAGAUCGAUGCUCAUGUUGGUGCAGUAAAUGAUCUUGCAUUCUCCCAUCCCAAUAAGCAGCUCUCGGUGAUAACCUGUGGGGACGACAAGCUUAUCAAGGUUUGGGAUGCCACCACUGGUGCAAAACAAUAUACUUUCGAAGGUCAUGAAGCCCCCGUCUAUUCUGUAUGCCCUCACAAUAAAGACAGUAUUCAGUUUAUCUUUUCUACAGCUUUAGAUGGAAAAAUUAAGGCAUGGCUCUAUGAUAAUCUGGGAUCUCGAGUCGAUUAUGAUGCCCCUGGUCGUUGGUGUACGACUUUGGCGUACAGUGCUGAUGGAAAAAGGCUUUUCUCCUGUGGGACGAGUAAAGAGGGGGAGUCUCACAUUGUGGAAUGGAAUGAAAGUGAAGGAGCUGUGAAGAGAAUAUAUCAAGGCUUCCGAAAACGAUCUUUGGGGGUCGUGCAGUUCGAUACGGCUAAAAACAGGUUUUUGGCAGCUGGUGAUGAUUUUUCCAUCAAAAUCUGGGAUAUGGAUAAUACUCAACUUUUGACCUGUAUUGAUACCGAUGGAGGCCUUCCUGCAAGUCCUCGAAUCCGCUUCAGCAAGAAUGGGACACUGCUAGCUGUUUCUGCCAAUGAAAAUGGGAUCAAAAUAUUAGCGAACACUGACGGCUUUCGUGUACUACGUGCCUCUGAGAAUCUUGCUUUUGAUGCCUCGAGAACAUCUGAAGGUGCUAAGCCCGUUGUAAGCCCGAUAUCUACAGCAGCUACAAGUAGCAUGGAACUUGCUGAGAGGGUGGCCUCUGCAAUGAAUCGGGACAUGAGAGAUCAUGGUGAUGUUAAACCUAGAAUAGCAGCAGAGGACACUAAUGACAAAUUAAAGAAUUGGAAGCUUAGUGAAAUCAACGAACCAUCUCAGUGCCGGUCCUCAAAACUUCCCGAGCAUUCGAAAGUAACAAAGAUAUCAAGGUUGACAUAUACGAAUUCAGGUAGUGCCAUACUGGCAUUAGCUUCAAAUGCAAUCCAUUUACUUUGGAAAUGGCCGCGGAGUGACCCUAAUUUUAGUGGAAAGGCAACAGCUAGUGUUUCGCCUCAAUUAUGGCAGCCAUCUAGUGGAAUCUUGAUGACCAAUGAUAUGCCCGAUAUGAAUCCCGAGGAAGCGGUUCCCUGCUUUGCGUUGUCCAAAAACGACUCUUAUGUAAUGUCAGCCUCAGGAGGGAAGAUCUCUUUGUUUAACAUGAUGACUUUCAAGACUAUGACAACUUUUAUGCCUCCACCACCAGCAGCAACAUCCUUAGCUUUCCAUCCUCAAGAUAAUAACAUAAUUGCUAUUGGGAUGGACGACUCCUCGAUUCAGAUAUUUAAUGUUAGAGUAGAUGAGGUCAAGAGCAAGCUUAAAGGUCAUUCUAAACGUAUCACGGGACUUGCUUUCUCAAACACAUUAAACGUGCUCGUUUCAUCGGGUGCAGAUGCUCAGCUAUGUGUGUGGAGUUCUGUUGGAUGGGAAAUGCAGAAAUCCAGAUUCUUGCAACUGCCGUCCCGGAGAUCGCCUGAGGCGCCAUCUGAAACACGAGUGCAAUUCCAUCAUGACCAGACUCACUUUCUGGUCAUACACGAGACUCAACUAGCCAUAUACGAAACAACCAAAUUAGACUGCAUACAUCAGUGGGUACCGCCUGAAUCUGCUGCCCCGAUAUCUCAUGCAACGUUCUCAUGCGACAGCCAGCUGGUUUAUGCUAGUCUGGUAGAUGCUACCAUCUGCAUAUUCAAUGCUGCACACCUUCGUUUGCGGUGCCGUAUCAGUCGUUCCGCUUAUCUUCCUUCAAGUGUCAGCUCUAGCAUUCACCCAAUGGUAAUAGCUGCACAUCCACAAGAAGUGAAUCAGUUUGCAUUAGGUCUGUCAGACGGGUCGGUCCAUGUGAUCGAACCUCAUGCGUCCGAGGCCAAGUGGGGGGUGCCUCCGCCACCGGAAAAUGGUUCCACGAGCAAUGCACCCGUCACUCCUUCAGUCGGAGCCUCAUCCUCAGACCAGCCUCAAAGAUGAUCUACAUGUUGGUAUUCGUCUUUUUGCAACACUGCUUGUUUAUUUAUAACAGAUGCAGACAGUUAUGGUAAGAAUAUUUAUGUGAUUACACCAAGUAGAAGUAAAUUAUUACCCUAAUUCAGACAAACAAAUUCUGUUGCAACCUCUACUCGACUAGUUCAUGUUAAUAAUCGAUGCGUUUUUACUGCUC